AUGGAAUCGCCCAAUAGUGGUCGUGGCAGAGGACGUUUUUCAUCAAGAAAGCGCAGCACUGUCAUUUCAGCCAGUUCAUCUGCACAGCAACGCUCGGAACUGCUAGACAUGGCCCCGUCGUCUACUCCAGCCGUGCCAGUCGCACCGGCCUCAACUCUCACAUUCGAGACUCCCAGUCCUUCUAACACCAGAGGCACCAGAAUGCGCACAAGAAAUCUAGACGGCGUAAACGCUUCGCCAGAAGACCCCACAAGUAAAGGCGGUCGUUCUCUACGGAAGCGUACCCGGGUUGAUUAUUCGUUUGACCAGGCUGAUGAAGAAGAGCAAAACGCUGAGCCCAAAGCCACACCUACUACUACGCGUUCGUAUAAGAAGCGCAGAACUGAUGCCCUUCUCCCGGACCAAGACUUUGAGGAUGACGUGGAGCCUGACGAGAAGCAACGUUCAUUGGAGCUACCCUCGAAGCCCAUUGGAAGACGCAGUAUCGGCAGAAGAUCCACUAUGGAGUCUCAGCCUCUUCCCACAGAUCGACCUGACGAUGAUUCACUUGUGCAGGAUACUAUCGAAGUUGGAGGACAGCAAUCUCCCGAACCUCUCAAUGGCUCAUCGCACCGACGUAGCUCGAAUGCUUCGCAUAAGGAGUCUGCUCUCUCACAACUAAGUCUUUCGCAGAGCUCGGCUAUCGAGCCACUUGCACCUACAGCUUCAGCCGUCGACACAGCAGUCACUACUGAAGAGGAGCCUGCACCUCAAAUCAAGACCGAAGUAGCACCAGAUAUUCCCAUCCCCAACAUCGAGGUCAAUGAGGCUCAACCUCUUGUCAGCCAAUCAAUUCGCGCUAGUGCACGUGAGCCUUCGCCUACUUCAAGUACAGCACCCGCGGAUGCUCAGCCCACUUCCAAAUCGCUGGUGGACGAGAGUUCCGACGAUCCAUAUGCCCACAUUACGCCGUAUAUUGACGGAGUCACUGCUUUCUAUCCUGCACAGCAAGGCACGGCUCUGGCGCCGUCUACUGAACCAGAUGUUGUCGCUGAAGAAACACCACAGGACACGCCACCUGAUGACGGGCUAGAAGACAUCAAUGAAGUUCCAGAUGACAGCACCCCAGCUGGAUCGCCGGCUCCGAUGGAAGACACGGCCAUGAAUUCACCAGCACCAGAUGUUGGCACACCAGAUGUGCCCGUGAUCACUCCCAAGAAGCAGUAUCCCUACAAAAAGCUGCGCUCUGCCCAAGAAUUUAUCGAUUUCAUUGCUAGUUACGAGACGAUGCCCUUGGACGAACUGUAUACACGAUUGGAGCAUCUCACUGGUGUCCUGGAUUCGAUUCAGCAGGAGCACAAUGGUUGCCGGAAAAUCAUUGAUGACGAAGAGAAUGCUGCCAAGUAUCAGCAAGAAGAACAAUUGUUCCAGCAUCGCGUCAAGUUGGCCCGUAGCAAAGACCCGAACGCGGACCCCGUUCGCAAGGACUUUGUCGUCAAGGGCAUCAGAGCACCCAAAGCAGACAUGAUGACCGAGUAUGCUCGGCAACAAGAUCGUGUCUUGGCUCAGGCUUAUGGCUUCGAGUACGACGAGCGCGAAUCAAAGAUUGGCCAGCAAGAUCCCAUUGGCCAGAGGGGUGGCAUCGGAAAAGGUCGACUCCGUGACAGACCGAAGCAGACAGCCAAGGCUGCUGAGGCUGAUGACAGCACCGUCGUUCAUGGUAAAAGGUCUAGGAAGGCACCCAACCUGUUUGGCGACUUUGAACCUGCAAGCAGAGGCUCAACUCCGGUGCCCGUAUUGCCAAGAAAGCGGCGCGGUCGCCAGCCACAUGAGGACAUUGAAGCACCUGUCCUGCCCAUUGCAGUUGGACAAACACUUCUGGAGGAAACGCCCAAGAAGCGGGGAAGAGGCGGCCGCCCUCGCAAGCAUCCAUUACCAACAUCUGUACCAGAGGAUACCCCAGCUCCCGAGCUUGACUUGGAGGAAGAGGUCCAAGACGAGGGCCGUCCUGGUCGUAAGCGUAAGAGAAGGAACCUCGACGACGACGAAUUUCCUCCAAACGGAGUCACCGGCAUGAGCACCAGGCGGCGCAACUCGAGACUUGGUGAAAUCCCUUCCAACUCAUUCUACAGCGCUGGCUCGACCCAGCCCAACGAUGAGUCCCGCCCAAAUACUGCUUCCUCAACUGGCACAGUAUCUACAACCACCUCCGCAUACGGCUUGCGUGAAAAGCGACAAAAGAGAUUCGCGGCCGAAGAUGAAGAUGACGACUUUGUUGAGGACGAAGAACAGCCCAAGCCAAAGAGAAUUCGGCGCGUCCCCAAGAAGGUCCAGGAGCAAGAUUUUGCGAAUAUUCCAGCCAGCAACAUUCCUGACACGGAGCCCAACAUGACUCCAGCUGCCAAAACCCCGAGAAUCAGACUGAAGAACGCCACUCCGGCCACCGCCAACCCCAACGUCUCUCCCGACAAUAGUGUGUCGGGUCUGUCUGGUGGUACCAUUAUGCACGGCCAGAUCAUGAAUGGAGACGGAAACGGAGCUCUCUCCGAGGACAAUAAGGACUAUGGCCAGAUGACCAAGUCCGAAAAGAUGUCUGCUAGUAUGAAGGCUCGAUGGGCAUCUGGCUCCAUGUCAAAUGCAGUCGCGAAAAGGCGAGCGACACUCGCUGCAAAGAAGGCAGCAACCCAGACACCAGUGCCAGAGGGCACUCCAGAGAUCGGAGUCGAGCAGCAGGAACUCCAGCAGUAA